CGCCUAAAACUGAAGUGUGAUUAAUAUUAUUCGGCUUCCGUCGCGUCUUCCGCGUCCGCGUUCCGCGUCAAGCGACGUCACAGGGAGAAAAGGCAAAACAUCACGAAUAAAUAAUGUCGAAUGCAAUUCCAUCAUAGUUCAAACGCCUAAACAUUCCUCAAACUUGAUAUAAUGACGAUUACACUCCCUGACGAUGUUUUGCAUUUGAUUUGUGAGGAGCUAUGGCUGCAGCGAGACUUCAAUACUCUGUUCCAGUGCGCUGUCUCAAGUAAAGUGCUUGCUGCACCUGCUUUAGCAAGUCUUUAUAGGAUGCACAAUGCUGCGCCCGUGACUUAUUCAGGAAGUGAAGAAAGAGGACUCGGCAAUGCUGUCCUUGCUGAGCAAAUCGUGAGGAAAUGGGUGUUGUUAUGGCGAUCAAUAAUACUUUCAAGCAUGAAAAAGACAUUAUUUCCUUAUUGUCGAUAUAUCCGGACAUUGGAUUUGCGAGAUUUGGUAAAUCUCUUUGAAGAUUCCCGGUUCAAAGGCAAAAUCCGCAAGUUGUUCUUCACUGGCGAUCUUGCAAGAUAUGAUAUUGAAAGCGCCGAAAGCCAAAGAGCACCAAAGAGUAAAGCCAAAAGUGCGCGAACAUUAGACAGCGUAUCAGCCGUCGACGGCAUCGGAGAAGUUGUGACCCAAGCUACGCCAAUGCUUGAUAAGCUUUCUGGAAAUGUUCUACCAAGUGCGCUUCCUCGCUGGGUAUCCAGGCUGCCUCGGCUUCAGUCUCUAGAACUGCUUCAGGGUGCUGCAUUAGAGACUGGAGUUGAAAUACGCAUAAAUGAGACCUGCUCAUCUUUUAAGUCUUUGAGUGUCUUCGAAUGGCGAGCACCUGAUGCGGACGCCCGAUUGGCCAGCUUUCUGCAAGGCCUGCGUCCUCAGACAUUAGAAUACCUCGAGAUCAUAAGCUUUUCCGAGAUUCAAGCGCAAGGAUUUGAGGCUCUGAAUCAUCAUCGAGAUUCGCUGAAAGAGUUGAGACUGUCCAAUUUGAAUACAGAGGCUAUGCUGGCCCUCCCUAAACUCAAAGAUUGCACCGCUUUAGAAACGCUAUACCUAGAGACUACAACCAGGGGCAUGGACCUAGAAGCGACACAAAACGAUAUAUUUGUUGAAGUCAUUUCCUGGCUACGCAGCUGUAAAAGUCUGCAGGAGAUUUCCAUCAAAAAGUUCGUCAAUGGGCCUGCACUCCUAUCACCGCUACUUUUAGACAAUGAUAUACAUUUAACGGGCUUGGAGUUGGAGGGUUAUAGCAUGGCGGGAAAUCGGGCAUUUCACCAGGCUCUGGCCCAUCAACAAAAUCUCGAAAGGAUUACACUCAAAGCUGACGGCGAAGACGUCGUUGCGGAUGACUUAACGACGAUUGUCAACUCUCUCUCUAAGCUCACCCGCCUCCGGGUCAUCAGGCUGCUGGAAGGCUGCGAAUAUUUCAACGGUCGACAUCUAUGCGACAUCAUUGAGAAUCUGGCCUAUCUAGAAGAAUUCUGGUCGGGCGGUUACGGGAUCGUAGAUGAUAUUUGGAAACCAUUUUCCAAGCUUGGCAAUCUCAGGACGCUUUACUUCAGCGCAGUGACUGCGUUCACCUACGGAGGAAUCCUUGAUUACAUCUACCAUCUGGACACCGGGAACAAGGGCAUGGCACUUUCGAUCAUGAAUGCUGACCCUGAUUCAAAAUUGAGCGACGAGGAAAUUGCCACAAUCCGUGAAGUGCUGGCGGACCGAGUGGAUGGAAGAUUUGAGUUUGAACUUCUGAGAGAUCCUGACGUUUCCGAGUUUGAAGGGGACUCCGAUUGAUGUAGUUAUAAUUUCUAUAAUACAUGUAGUUUAGUUAUACUUUGACGUGUCGUUCACUAAGAGCCUUAAUCUAAGGGACUCCGAGAUCGGCAGGUUUACCACGUUGCCGCUAAAAGCGUCCCCCAGUAAGUCUCCUGAUUUGGGGGUUUUGAUAGUGAUAUCUUAAGCGAAUUGGUCCCGGAACGUCAGACAAAUAACUUAUAAAAAGCGCAAG